AUUUUUUUUUGUAUCUAUAUGAUAUAAUUGUAUAGCUAAAAGCAACGUGCCAAAGUAUUUGCUCAGUUUACCUUUUCCAUUCACGUGUAGACUAUCAUCACCGUCUACUCUUGUUCAAUAAUUCAUCAGUGUGUGACGUGAAGUAAUAUUUAAUAGCACGUGUGCGCGCGUGCAACCGCGAACGACACGCGAACCCUUUUGUGUUCACUACAUACCAGUUUUAUCUCAUCAGAAGACAUCCUGAUAUCGUAUAGUAAAAAAAAAGUAUAAGAAUUUGAAGAAAAGAGGUUAUUUACCAAGGGUUUUAUUUUUUAAAAUCGAUAUCGAGCGUCGGCGGCAAAUGUUAUGGCUGGAGAUAACUAAUGACUCAUCGAGAAACUCAGCUAUUGAAUACUCCUUUACUUUUAGAUAAGAGUUUAAGUAAUUAUUUAAUUACAACUAAAUAUUAUGUAAGAAUAUUUAUAUAAACUAUUGCUUUAUUAAUAUGACUAUUACUAAAAAAAUAAAUAAAAGAAACACAAUGUUGAGUCAAGCACACAGACAAAAUGAAAGACCAUUAACUCAACGCAUACUAUCUCACAUCCAUCGCAUGAAAAAAAAACAAUUUCUUGGUCCAAAUUCCCCUCUUUACACCAGCGUAUGUCCACUUGUCUACAUAAUCCGUGGAUUUGGAUUAGCUCCAUAUGAAUUCGAAGAUAAUCAACUAGUGCCUUGUGACUCAUACAUGAUUAUUUCAUUCUUCUGGCUUUUCAUGUACACAUACAUCAUUUCGGGUUUUAUUAUCGAGUUCAUUGAUUCUGAAAAAAAUAGAAAAAAAGUUCUUCUUUACGCGGAACAAGCCAGAACUGUAUUUAAUUUUUCUGUGGUCGUAACAGACCUUCUAUUGUGUAUGAGAACACGGAAGGAAAUAACUUGGAUAUGGAAUAAAAUUCAAGACUACGAUCAAGCGAUGCGAGACCUAGGCUACGCGAAAAAUGAAAAAAGAGCGAGUAUGUGGGUAUGGUUCAUCAUUGGAGGAAAUAUAAUUAUUUGGGGAUCGGUCAGUUCUUUAGGAAUGAUUGCAUUUAAUGAGGCCUGGUUGCACAACGUGUCAUUUAUGAUUGUCUACGUCGGAGCUGCUGCUUCGAUGACUAAAUUUUCAGGCCUCGUGAUGAUACUGGGGGAUCGUUUUAAGCAAUUAAAUGAAAUCGCGAGAAGUAGUGUCCAGAAAUCAAGAUGGAUUCACACUUAUCCAAUUAUUGAUGACAAAUUAAUUGACUGUCUUCACAGUGAACUAACAGCAAUUGGAAAUAAUAUAAAUAAGGUGUACAAAUUUUCUCUGCUGCUCUGGCUGGCGAAUUUAAGCUUCCACAGUGUUUGCUGUGGUUACUUUGUACUCGAUUGGCUUCUUGAUGGAAAUUUUCACUGGAAAUACAUAAGCUGCCUUUCUGCUUGGUUCGUAGCUUCCGUUUGUCAACUUUUCUUGAUCCAUUACUCGUGUCAUUACACAUCUUCAGAGGCAAACUGCAUGAGUUACAUCAUGCUAGGAUGGAAACGUUGGCUUUAUACCCACGAUAGCAAGAUGGAUGUUGAAACUUCAAUUCACCUGGUGAAUCGUCAGCUACAUUUCUCUGCGGCUGGAUGCUUUUAUGUUAAUCUACCUCUAUUGCAUUCGACAGCGGCUAUAUUAACAACUUACAUGGUAAUUCUUCUUCAAAUAGAUUAAAAUUUAAUUAUUAAAUACUUUUACACAAAAAUAAUUUUUAAUUUAUUGAAAUGUUAUUAUUAAAAUCAUAAACAGUAAAAAAUAUUGUGUAUCUGUGUUAAAAACUGUUUUUGUUAAAUCAACACAUUUCGCUGUUACUUAAAAAUUUUAUAUCGAUCUCCCGGGUCAAAAUAUCUAGCCUCAAUCUAGCCUCAUCGAACCCAAGUAAACCUCAAUCCAGCCUCACUGAGUAAAAAAAGCAUUUUGAGUCUCAAAUGAUGUUCAAAAAGCAUCAAUGAGCCUCAAAUAAUGUUCAAAGAGCCUCAAUGAGCCUCAAAUGGUGAUCAAGGAGCCUCAAGUAAUACUAAUCGAAUUUAAAUUACAUCUUCGAGUGGUAGGUUCCUUUGAGGCUCAUCGAAGCUUCUUGAGGAUCUUUGAGAAUCAUUGAGGCUUUUUGAACAUCAUUUGAGGCUCAAAAUGCUUUUUUUACUCAGUGAGGCUAGAUAUUUUGACCCAGUCUAGUAUUUAACACUUUAAAAGUGUUAAUUACUCAGUACGAAAAUUAUUGUAAUUAUCGACAUUUAUUGUUAGUUUAAAAUUAACACAAAAUUUAUGUUAAAAAGUCAAAAAAUCAAGUUAUUACAAGAAGUAGUCUCGAUUAUUACAGUGCAAACAAUAAUAUGAAGUUUUUUAUACGAGGGUCCUGUUUUUGCACGAAAAAUUUUUAUUUUUCCAUCGCUGUUUUGCGUGUAAUGUUAAAAUUAUUUUUUCGCUAAAUAAAAAUUUGUUUUUGUUUACUUUAAAGAAAUUAAUUGAUUUACUAUUUACAGCUGGUAUGAAAUAUUACGCGAUUUUUUAAAAAUCUUGACUAAUAAAAACACUGUUUACUAUAAAAGAAUAGUGGAAUGUUAAAUAAUACUUGUCACUAUUGAUAAUGGUAACUUAAAAAUAACACUGUAAAAAGUUUUGAGUCCGCGGUGUGGAGUGAAUGCGUUGGUGUUAAAAUUUGUAACACUACACACGAUGUUCAAUUUUUGACCAAGUGAAUUAGAACGUUCACACUACCAAUGGUCUAAAUGUUUGUUUUUCAUUUGAAAGUCUCGAUUACUUUGACGCUGGGUAUUCAAUUUGUACUUUCCCUUCAAAAUAAUUUACAUUAAUAAUAAUAAUGAUAUAUUAGUGUUGCAACUUAUAAAUUAUUUGAUAAUUUUGAAUUAUAGAUUAUAAUUAUCUGACAAUAUUUAAGGUAAUAACACCGAACGGUGUGAAAAAAAACACUCAUACUGUGUUAAAAGUACACCGCUUGAUAUUUUACACCAAGAAAAUUUCACACCGUAAAUUCACACCUCGUUGUCAUAGGGAACCAUUUUUACACCAAAAUGUUUUUACAGUGAUUAGAUAAAUUAUGAUAAAUUAAAAUUACGGAAUAAAGAUGGUACAAAAUUAAAAUGUAAAAGUUAACAUUCUUUUUGUGUCGUCACUAACAUUUAAAAAGUGUUGAAAUUUUACCACAAAUAUUGUGUGGACUGUUUUUAACACACAGAUUGUGUUGACUUUAACACAAUAUUUUUUACUGUGUAAUUCAGGAUGUAAAUUAAAGUUUGAUAUUUUUCUAAAGAUGUAAAUCCAUAAAUAAUAAAUAAAAGCACAAAGCAUAAAAUAAGAAUACAAAAGCUUUUACACAAUAAGAGGUCUGUCAGUGGAAUUGUGAGAACUAGCACCUGUAGCGUCAGAAGAGAUGAGAUGCUUGUUUUCUGUUAUCUAAAAAAUAAAAUAAAAGAGGUAGAAAAAAGAUAAAAGUGUGUACGGUGAAAGGUGAAUGUAGCAGGGCAACAUGAUCGAGCAAUGGUGCGUCUAUUUUCCACGCCAUCACCCCGGAAAAUUGUCUUUCUUCUCUCUCGUCCUCGUAUACAUAAAAAACAUACCCCGUAUAUUCUAUAUCGAGUCUGCUAAUACGUGACUCUGAACUGCAUACAAAUCAACGAGAUACUUUGUUUCUUAUGUAUCAUGAAUUCACAACAUCCAUUUCCUCCUAUUAAAAUUUAUUUUCCUUAAAAAACGUACGUUAUUAAAUUUAACGACGAUCUAAAUCAAUAAUGGAAUGAAGAUAAUUUUUAUUUUAUUUUGAAAAAGAAAUUAGAAGAAUGAAAUAAAAGAGAGCGAAUUAAAGUGCGACAGCGAUAGGCUUUACUAAUUGUGAUCUGAGAAUUAUAUUAGGUUUUAUUUAAUUAAUUAUUACCAGGUUUAUUUUUAAGACACUGCUACUUCAUCGAUGUGAUUAGUCUUUAUGGGUUUCUCUAUAGCCCACUCAUUAUUUUUUCUCCUGGGUUUCUUAAAUCAUCUGAAUUUAUUUUAUUUGUCUCCUUACCUUUACCUUUUUUAUCUUUAUCUCCACAAAAAAAAAAACAUUUCGCCUAAUGUCUGAUAAUUAUUUCAGUUAAAAAAAUCUAUAAAUUUAAUUCUAUUUCUUUAUAUUA